AUGAAGCUUGUGGCUGCUUGGUUGUCUGUGUGGCAUGUCUGCACUACCAAUAUCUGUCAUGGCUUUGUCUCACACGUUGGUACGGGUAGUAUUGCCAUCAUCCGUAGUAGUUCCAGCUUUACUACUAGUACUACUACCGGUAUAUUGUACGGAACAAGUGGUGAUGCCAACAGCGAGGAAGACGAAGAUAUGGAUGUGGAACGGGAACGACAACGUCUCGAGUCUCUGCUCGGUUCUACCGGUAGCAGCAAUAGUACCACCACCGAUACCACCACCACCAAUAAGGACAAGGAGUUGGAUCUGUCAUCCCUUCCCAUGGACGAAUGGAACCAACAAAUCCGCCAUCCACCCUUAUUGACAUCGAUUGGUCGAGAACGCAUGGAAUUGGAAAUCACAUUGCUCGAAUCGUUGGCGGAAAGUGACGAUGCCAUUCCCGAACUGUGGAAUCUCUGGUACAAUGCGCGUGGUGCCAGUGCCGCCAAGGAACUGUAUCAAACGGAAUCAUUGGUCGCACAAGGACAACCGGCUGCCUGGAAACAAGCCGAAGAAUUGUUGCGUCACAUCAUUGCCAAGGAAGGCAUUCAUUGGGUCGAACCCCUCAAUCGAUUGGCCACAUUAAUGUUUCUGCAGUCGCGACACGAAGAAAGCCAACAAUUGUGUCAACUCGUACUGGCACUCAAACCGUGGCAUUUCGGGGCACUCAGUGGUUUGGUCAUGGUACAACAGGGAUUGCAAAAUCCACAGGGCAUGGUGGAUGCAGCACGACAACGCAUGCCGCCGCUUCCACCCGCCAAAGGAGAAACACCACCAUCACCACCACCUGGAUUGGAAGAUUUGGAAACACGACAACAAUGGGUCGAUCGCAUGUUGGAUUGCGCCAAUGCCAGGUUGUUGCGUCAAGAAAUGGGAUUGGAAGAAUCCUUUGCCGAUUUGGAUGACAAAACGAAACAGACAGACAGUAAUCUCAACAACAAGGAGGAUACAACCACAACCACAACAACAUCACCGAAAGAAGAGGACGAAGAAGAUGCAUGGCAGUGA